GGGAGCGCGCAAUGAAUUCUGUCCAAACUCAAGCGCGAUGAGAAAACAGCCUCUGGACUGCUCAGCAUCACACGGACACUAAAAUGUAUCAUCUGCCGUCUGCGAACCAAAACAGCAGAGAUUUCCAGCGGGAUAUAAAAGGCUACAUCAUGUUUUGGGAUAAUUUGACAUCUGAGCAUUAAAUAUUGCUUUUAAAUUUCAUCAAGUGUCGUGUUGACUGAAAUCCGCGCGAGUGUUAGGAAUAUAUCACUUACAGGAGCUGAAAAUGGCAACUAAAUACCUGAUGCUUAUUGCCUUGGGGACUGCAGUGAUUGGCAGUGUGCACUGUUGCCCUCAGCAGUGUGCCUGCUCUGAUAAAUAUAACCACCAGUUUGCAGAUUGUGCCUACAAAGACCUUCUGGAAGUACCCAUGGGCUUGCCAUCCAAUGUGACCACCGUGAGUCUUUCAGCUAACAAGAUUAAAGUGCUGAAAUCCAAAACCUUUAUAAAUGUGACCCAGGUGACCUCUCUUUGGCUGGCUCACAAUGAAAUCGUCACCGUCGAGAGGGACACCUUGGCUCCGAUGAUUCAGCUGAGAAAUUUGGACAUUAGCUACAACAAAAUUGUGCAUUUUCCAUGGGAGGACUUGACCAAUCUCACUGCCCUGCAGAUGUUAAAGAUGAACAAUAAUGAGAUGGUCAGUAUCCCCAAAAAUGCUUUUUCCAACCUGAAGGACCUGCGUUCAGUCCGUAUUAACAAUAACAAGUUUACCACCAUCGUGGAGGGAACGUUUAAUGCUUUGACUGCCAUGUCCCACCUCCAAAUCUUCCACAACCCCUUCAUCUGCUCCUGCAAGCUUGAGUGGCUUAGGGACUGGAUCAUCAAAUCCUCAAUCUCAAUCCCUGACCAAAACAACAUUAUCUGCGAUGCUCCUUCCCACCUCAAAGGUACACAAGUCACUAGCAUGCCCAAACUGGAUUGCAAGGCCCCAUCCAUGUCCAUCACGUAUCAGCCAAACAUUGAAAAAACCGAACUCUAUGAGGGAUAUAUGGUCACGCUACACUGUGAAACAAAAGGAACCCCUAAACCUGAUGUCACAUGGGAAAUAUUCGCUGGAAACCAACUAAUUACAUUCCCUUUGCCCGCCAUUGUCGAAAAAAUUGAGAUUCCAAUUAAUGGGCCGCCUACGAACACCAGGUUUCUUGUGUUUCAAAAUGGCACCUUGAUCAUCCCUCGCUUGAGCAAGAAAGAAGAUGGCAACUACACCUGCUCUGCUGUCAAUGACAUGGGAAAAGCCGAGAGCUCGGUGAGACUUGUUGUCGCAGCCACCAAAAAGCACACCAUCAAUUCAAUGCCUGACACAAAAUCACCCAGCCAUUUACCAGAAGACAAACUUGGUUCAAAAGGCUCCAAAAACAGCGUUAUUAAAUCUGAGGAGAAGACAAAGAGCCUUUCACCAGGAACAUCUAAAGAGCAAGUGGUGCAUAAAGAGAAAAUGGAAGAAGGGACCGAUAGUUUGCCGUUUGUUGGCAAAUGUGGAAUAAAUGAUGGUACGCAGUACAUCUCCAACCAUGCUUUCAACCUCAGCUUGGAUGAACUCAAACAGUACACGUUUGAUUUCGGGGUGAUCGCUCUGGAAGUUUCAGAGACUGAGGCCAAAGUUCAGCUGAACCCUUUCCAGAUGGCUAACGCAAAGUCAAACAUUCACCUCAGUCAACAAGAAGACCUCCAAACUGUGAAUAAGGAGCCAUCCACCAAAAAGUCAGUCCAGGACAUGUUGUACCUUUGCGUCAGUAUUGGCAAUGGACAUUCAGUGGUGCAGUGGUCCAAAAUAGAGGAUGGCGUCAACGCCUAUCGCUUUCAGCACCUCAAGCCAGGCACUAAUUACACCCUGUGCCUCACCUAUGGAGGCCAGGACUGUCAAGUCCAAGUGGUCUUUACAACCCGGAAGAAAAUCCCAUCUUUGUUUAUUAUAGUGGUCGUUAGCAUUUUUUUGCUAGGUUUGGCAACCGUGCCCCUGAUGGGAGCCACCUGCUGCCAUCUGCUCUACACGUAUCAAGGCAAGACCUACAAGUUGAUUAUGAAGACACAAAACCCAGAUCAGAUGGAGAAGCACAUAGCAACGGAUUUCGACCACCGGGCGUCUUUUGUGGGAUCUGAGAAGAAUUUUAACCCGAGUGAGCUGGGAGAGGGUGAAGGCGAGGCUGAUGGUGAGGAGGGAGAUGGAGAUGGUGAGGACAUCGAGGGCAGCGUGGUGACUGAGUCCAUUCCCGAGUCACAAUCCAAAACGCAGGAGGAGUUUGAAGUUGGAUCCGAAUACAGCGAUCGGUUGCCGCUUGGGGCUGAAGCCGUAAACAUAUCUGCGGAGAUCAACGGUAAUUACAAACAACCCCGUUGAGAUGUUUGUUCUUCAUUUGCUCCGAAACACAAUACAAAAGUGAACACGGACUGUCAUCUCACGUAAUACAGAUACGCGCUGAUUAUCGCGCGCUCAUUUUUACCUCAGCAAGUUAGCAGUAAGUGCAUACGAUGAGUGUUCAUUAUUACAAAUAGGAUUUUGAGAUUUAUCGAGCGGACUGGACUUAAUAAACAAAUCUAUCUUCAAAAGAAAAACCUCAUAAUAGCUACAAUUCACUUUCCGUAAGUCUCGUCACUUUCGUAAUCGUACAUUGUCUCAAGUAGCCUAGCAUCCAUUUUAAGUCAUCGAUAUAGUGGACAUCGAGCGCUUCUGAGGGAAAUGUCACCCUGUUACUCUUUUCACAGCAUGUGUGUGUCUGGAAAACGAACCAGGUCACCUUGAACAAAAAAAUGAGUUUGUUAAGUGUAAUGUGGGAUCCCAAAAAUGUGUGAUUUUUAAUCUCUUUCUGCGAACGGGUGCUUUACAAAUAUCUCUCGCCUUUACGAAUUGACUGAACGUGUCCUUUCUUCUCUUCGAGAUAGCCUUUAUUCGUGGCAUGUCACACAAAAGUAUUUUCAAGUGUGUUUUAUUAGGGUACUAUAGACUGUAGAUAUUCAAUGUCAAUUUGUGAUGUAAGCCAAGUAAUCUGAGAAAAUGUUCUCUCUUUUUUUAUAAAUAUAAAUGGUCCGUUUUUACCAUCAGUCGAUCCGACAUCGAGUGUCCAGUAAAUUGACGCAUAGUGGCUUGUUUCGUGUCCAGCUGUCCAAUGAUGUUGUAAAAAAUACUCGAACCUUUUAAAGAUUUUGAUAUGAUUUUAUGUACGUGACCUUAAUAAAAUAUUGAACGAA